GUUUAAAUGCUGUAUGGAUGAGUUUGAAACACAGUUAAGCGCGUUAUUGUAAGGCGGGAGGGAGCCGGUUCAUAACUGUGUCUUCUGACAUGCGUUUCCACGUUAUUGUCGCCGCUGUCUUUUGGUUUGGUUUCGUAGACUCACGGAAAAUAAGAGGAAUAUCUUCGUCCUACAAGCGGUUCUACAGGGAGAGGAAGUCCUUUCUGUGCGUUGAUGGGUCCAAGAUCAUUCCCUUUGAGCAGGUGAAUGAUGACUACUGUGACUGUGAAGAUGGCUCUGAUGAACCAGGCACCUCAGCCUGUCCUCAUGGCCGAUUCUACUGCACCAAUCUGGGUUUUCGACCACACUACAUCCCGUCAUCGCGGGUCAAUGAUGGCAUCUGUGAUUGCUGCGAUGCCUCAGAUGAAUACAACAGCCACGCUCACUGCCAGAACACUUGCUGGAAUUUGGGACAGAGAGAGAGAGCAUACGUGGAGGGUCAGAUGAGGACCUUAGACGAGGGUUUGCAACUCAAGCAGCAACUGAUUGAGGAGGGAGUGCUGCUCUGGAGAGAAAAACAGGCUCAGCUCAGAGAGCUUCAGCAGGUCGCCGAGGACCUCCAGAUCAAAUUAGAAGAACACCGAAGGAAGAAACAUGAGGCCGACCGACUCAAAGAGCAAACAUUAAAGGCGCUGGAAGCAGGGGACAGCAGUCUUUUUAAAUGUCAGAACAGCACAGUAACCAGCACUUUCCAGUUACUGGACAGCAAUAAAGAUGGAAGUGUAACCGUGGAUGAAGUCCAGGCUAAAGUGGCACUUGUCCAUGAUGAACAGCGGGUUCUCUCCGAGGAGGAAGCAGUGGCCUUGUUGGGAGGGGGCUAUCCGAUGGAUCUCACCAAGUUUCAGCACACACUCUGGGACAUCCUGACAAAGGGAGACAGUGUCAAGAUCAAAGACGCACAUGGGGCACCAGGCGUGGGUGAAGAUCCUCACUUAAAGGCAGCUGACAGAGCUGCAGAGUGGGAGGCUACCGAUCUGAAGAAAGUAGAAGAAGCCUAUGAGACGGUCAACAUGGAAAUAAGUGAUCUCUGGAAAAAGCUGUCCAUAGACUAUGGACCAGAUUGGGAGUUUCUGUUUCUGAACAGCCAGUGUUACGAGCUGAAAGUAUACGAGUACACCUACACCCUGUGCCCCUUCAAUCAGGUCACACAAAAGAGCACCGCGGGAACAGAGGUCUCAUUAGGGAGGUGGGGGAUGUGGGCCGCCGCGCCAAAGAACCAGUACAGUCACAUGGUGUAUGAGAACGGAGAACCCUGCUGGCAAGGAGGCUCACGCAGUACCACCGUCACGCUGACAUGCGGCACAGAGACGGCCCUGCGGUCGGUGAAGGAGCCGAGCAAAUGCCAGUACGUCUUGGACUUCCAGACUCCGGUGGCCUGUCAGCCGGCGCUGAAGCAGCGGGGCGUACACAGUGAACUGUGACCCCUCCCCUUACUGGCCUGGUCUAGAUUAAUGUAGCCCCCCUCGGCUCGCCCGCGGUGACAGGCCGGGGUCCUGAGGGUCCCCCCUGACAUCAGUGUUGUCAGAACAUAUAUCCUUCCAGGAAAGACUUAGUAAGGUCACACUCUGAUUGUCUGACCCGCCGCACCCAGACCACUUUGGUUUCAUAAACUGUUCCACCGUUGCUUUUACAUGGUCACUCGUUAGAAUACAGCGCCUAACGAAUGACUUUAAUGAGACUAGUAUUCUUUAUAUGGUUUACACUUGAAGCGCUACAAGAUGACUCUGUAAAUAAUAGAAUGAAGAGAAACUAGAUCAAUUCCAAUGAUGACUGCCACUAAAUAACUGCUUAUUCACGAGACUGUGUCCUUCUAUUUCAUUAUCAACCAACAUUAUGUAAUCCUCUUAUAGUAUUGCCUAAUGACAUAACAUAUCCACACAGACGGGUAGAGACUUUAUGGUUAUGAUAAACAUGGUCGAUCCACGCCUUCCAGCCUUCUGUGUGUUACUCCUCAGCUGAAAGUAGUCCCCAACAAAUGCACUAUUUCAAUGGGAUCGAACUACAGCAUCCAGCUGUUUUAUAGAAUUAUUCAGCCUUUUAAAUUAAACUAUAUAUUUGUGAUCCGUUGUUACUGAUUUGUAUUUAUUUUUUAUCAGCAAAAAGAACAAAGAAGGAGGAAGUUACAAAGUAUUUAGGGAGGAGACGACACAUCGUUUACUUUGAUCUUUCCAGGAUGUUCAUGGUGUUUUGUUGUUGACAAAGUGAGCGUUCUCUCACCGCGUUAUUUCAGGAUAUAAACACUUAUGGCUCAACAUUAGUUUAAAGUGUAACUACUGUA